ACCCAUCCACCUCUAUAAAUUCCCGCCCACCCCUCUUCCAUUCCAUUCCCCAUCAUCAUUCACCAAGCCGAACCGAGAGAGCUCCCCAGACCCACAGCGGGGCGAAGCGAAUCGCAUCAAAUUCGACCGAAGAAUCGAGCCACUCAGCCCCGCCACCAUGAGCUUCUCGUCCAUGAGCAAGCAGCAGGUGCUGGACACCGGCGAUGGGGAGGGGGAGGAGGUCAUGGAGCUCAUCCCGGGCCUGCCGGAGGAUGUGGCCGAGAAGUGCCUCCUCCACCUGCCCUUCCUCUACCACCGCCUCUUCCGCACCGUCUCCUCCACCUGGAACCGCUUCCUCACCGACGCCCCUGCCAAGCCGCUGCUGUUCCCUCCCGCCGCCGCGGGUCCUGGGGCCGGGACCGCGGCCACGGGGUCGGUGUCCUUCUCCCUGCCCUUCCUCUUCGCCUUCGCGUUUGACCCCGUGUCGCGGCGCCUCCAGUGCCAGGCGCUGGACCCUUUCUCGAGGAGGUGGCUGCUGCUCCCGCCGGUGCCCGGCGGCGGCGCCGCGGCCGGGUCGUUCGCGGUGGUGGGGCUCCCCCGCCGCGGCGAGAUCUACGUGAUCGGCGGAGUCGAGGAAGGCGGCAGCGACAAGGCGGUGACGAGCGUGGCGGUGUACAGCGCCGCGCGGAACGGGUGGGAGGAGGCCGCGUCGAUGCGGACUCCGCGCGGGUACAUGGCGGCCGGCGAGGUUGGAGGGCGGGUGGUGGUGGCCGGGGAGGACGGCGAGGCCGAGGUGUUCGACCCGGAGGCCGGGCGGUGGUCGCCCGCCGCGCCGCGCCGUGGCGCGGCCGUGGCGCGGUACGACGCGGCGGCGGCCGGCGGGAAGCUGUACGUGACGGAAGGGUGGGCGUGGCCGUUCGAGCGCGCGCCGCGCGGCGCCGUGUACGACGCCGCCGCGGACUCGUGGUGCGAGAUGGCGCGCGGGAUGCGGGAAGGGUGGACGGGCUCCUGCGCCGUGGCGGGCGGGCGGAUGUACAUCGUGGCGGAGUACGGGGAGUGGCGGCUUAAGCGGUACGACGAGGGCCGGGACGAGUGGCGGAUGGUGGCAGGCAGCGGGGUGCCACCCGAGGUGCGCCGGCCCCACGUCGUCGCCGGCGAGGUCGGGGAGGUCGCAGGCGGGAGGCGGAGGAUUUACGUCGUCGGCGCCGGGCUCGACGUCGCCGUGGGCACUGUCUCUGCCGCCGCCGCCGCCACCGCGGCACCCGGCGUCGAGGAGGAAGUGGUGGAGUGGGAGGUGGUCAAGGGCCCUGGCGAGUUCGCCGGGCUCGCGCCCUGCAACGCGCAGGUCCUCUACGCAUGAGGCACCACCGCCGGACCCCCCCCCCCCUUCGGGUAGAACGUCUGCAUCGCCGGACCGAGGACCGACGCUUCGGCCCAGUCGGCGCACCCACACGGGUCCACCUCCACCAGCCCAGCGCUGCAUCACGUCGCCGGCGAAGCGCCGAGCUGGCCCACAUGUCAGUGGAACGUGACGGCUCCAGCGUCUCGCCGGCAGGCAGGAGCGAGUGGCCUGAUGGAUUUUCCGAAGAAAAAAAAUAAAAUGGAAAACAGAAGCGCAAGCGCAGGUGCACAGGCUCGCCACGUGGGACCAGUGUGUGAGCGAGCAGUGAUGAUGGGACUUGGCCACUUGCUAGAGGCUGAAAAGUCUUUUCCGCCACGUGGGACCGAGGAAGCGUGCAAGCUGUAGAAAUUAUUUUUCUUUCUCUUUUGAGGCUUUUCUUGUACUACCAGUGUAUAUAUUGGUAUUGUAUUUUUGAAGGAAACGGAGAAAAACAAAAUCAAAUGAACAGAACGGGAUGGUGUGAAGUGAAA